AUGGAGCCUCUGGCCGGCUCAAGCAAAGACAUCCAGCCUCAAGAGGCAGAAUAUGACUAUGAUGAUGAUGUCCUGGCAGAAUGGGAGGCAUUCGCGGCGCAGGACGAGCAAGAUCACCAAGCAAGAGGAGCACAAGAUCGCAAUGACGAUGAUGACGACGAGCUCGAGUGGGAUCAAGUCCAGGUUCCCGAAGCUACUCCUGCCAUGGGAGAUGCCAAAUCUGCUGCAAAGGGCAAGGGAAAGGCCGCGCCCAACGAGAAAGAGCCAAAGACGGCGGAUGGGCAAUCACUCAAUAUUGUGCUCGAAUCUGCGCCACAAGCGACCAUACCGGCCGAUAGAAAGAAAGGUGCCCGAAAGCUGCCAGAGGUCGACAGAGCGUUGCUCGCGUCCACCCACCGUGCUCACACUCUUGCGCUCCUCGCGGCCGGCGCAUACCGCAACAGGAUGCUCAACAACACACUCCUACAGGCGCGACUUCUCUCACUCGUGCCCCUCCAGAUUCAACAGAACUUCACGAACUACUCCAAAGCGACGCAUCCUCAGCCAAACGAUCGCGCACGCGCUUUCGAGCGAGCAAUGAAGCGGCUCAUGUCGUGGUGGUUUAACAACUUCACAGUCGAGCCAGACGUCCCGCGCGUCCACACUCAGCACUAUUUUGCAGUAGAAGAAUUGCUACGUCAGCUUGGCAAGCUCGACGUUGAAGCCAUACAGUCAUGGCGGCCACCGCGAUCCUCUUCCAAGAAGAAAAAGUCGCGAAAGACUGAAGAAAGAGCACCUCCACCUUGGGCAGACAAGGGCGAACUCAUCAAAGACUCAGUCUCGCUCAUGAAGCGUGCCGUCAUCUUGCGUGGCUCGUUAGAUGUCUCUGCCCAGCUUUUCACUGCCUUGUGCAGAGCACUCGAUAUACCCGCCCGCUUGGUCUUCAGCCUACAGCCCGUCGACUGGCAUACUGCCGCACCCAAGCCCAAGACAAAUGGCAUUCUUACACCUCGCAAGGCGAAAGCGAGGAAGGUCGGCAGCGUGAAACAGCACACUGGUCCAACUCAGAUCACGAUGGAUGUCGAAGCAAGCAGCGAUGAAGAGAUCAUGGAGCGCGUGCCUAUUCCUCGAGCUAGUGCCAGACCUCGUGUGUCUUCUACUUCGGCCAAAGGAUCCAGGCAAACCUCGCCCGAGUCUCAGAAAUCGGGCAUUUCCAGAAGACCGAUCAGUGUCGGCGUGGGCUCAGAUAGCGACGGAGCAGGCUACGGAUCUGGUCCGCCACCCGUCAUGGUCACGAGACGCGGCGACGGGCCAGUCACGUUACGUUCCUCGCGACCCAAGACCAACAUCUUUCGAUCGCCCAGUCCACCACCGGAAAUCAUGACACGCUACCCUGUCUUUUGGACGGAAGUCUACUCGCGAUCAGAUAAGACCUGGUACGGCAUCGAUGCCACCCGGAAGAGGUGGAAACUCAAUGACACCAAGCAUCUGGUCGACCCGCCGCGGUCAGUGCAAGAUGUCCAACUAUCUUAUGUCAUCGCAUAUGAAGAAGAUCUGACUGCCAAGGACGUCACGACGCGUUAUGCUCGCAAUUUCAUCACAAACACGCUCAAGCGUCGUUUGCCCGCCCGCAAGAAGAAUGAAGCCGACUGGUUUGCGGAGGCAAUGCAACGGUACCAGCGUCGCUUUGAGCUUGCUCGCGACGCUGCAGAAGACCAGCUGCUGCGCAGAUCAGCAAUAGAUGAGAAGAUGCCAACCUCUGUUGGCGGCUUCAAGAAACAUCCCCUUUAUGCCCUCGAACGACAUUGCAAUUCGACAGAGAUCAUCUGGCCUCGCAAGUCUGUCGGCAUCUUCCGAGGCGAGACCGUCUUCCCUCGCUCAUCCGUCAUUGCGCUUAAGAGUGCAGAAUCCUGGAUGCGGAUCGGCCGGGUCAUCAAAGAUGGUGAUCAGCCGAUGAAGUUCAUCAAACAGCGUGCCGUGACGAUACAGAAGCGACGAGCGCAAGAGAUGGCGAAUCUGGAAGGCGAAGAGGAACUUACGCAGGGUCUGUACGCCGAGCUUCAGACGGAGCUCUACGUUCCUCCGCCCGUUAUCGAUGGUAAAGUCCCUCGCAAUUCGUUUGGCAACCUCGACCUCUUUGUACCGACCAUGCUGCCAGCCGGUGGCUUCCAUAUGCCUUACAAAGGCAUCGCAAAAGUCGCAAAGCGUCUAGGGAUAGACUACGCCGAAGCAAUUACCGGCUUUGACUUCAAGCAGCGUCGCGCUUUGCCGGUCAUCGAAGGCAUCGUCAUUCCUGUCGAAGACAAAGUUGCACUGUGGGAUGCCUAUGUCGAAUCUGAAGAGAUUGCGCUCGAGAGGGAGAUGGCAAGAAAGACGAAGCGUGUGCUCGAAAAGUGGAAAUUGCUCAUUCGGGGUCUCGCCCUGCGUCAACGACUCAAUCUCGAAUACGCUAAGCCAGCAAAGACUGCGCACGAGGGAGCCCCUCAGUUACUGAGUACAGAGUCAGCCUUGCCUUCUGGGGACACCACGCCUGCCGCUCCUUCAACAGAGACAGAGCAAAACAAGCCAAUGAUCAAGAUCAAGGCCCGCAAGCGCGCUUCGCACGUCCUGGACGCCGAUAGAGAGUCUGAACAAGACACACCCGAGAGACCCGGCCGUCGCACUCGAUCAGUCCGUCAGAAAGUUGAGGCUGUCGUUCCGAAGGGCAGACAGCGAGCAGCUAAGACUCGUGCACGUCAAAGUCUGGCCGAAGAUGUAUCGAGCUCGAGCGAUUAG